AUGGGCGAUCUAACAACUUCAAUGGAUCACCAAGUAAUGUUGCAUCAGGUAGCAACAGUACCAAGUCUGUUUCCAAGUUACGACUAUGUUCUUACAACCGAUGCCUCGGAAUCAGGUGCAGGUGCCACACUCAAGAAAGGAAACAAGGUAAUCAAAACUUGGUCAUUCCAAUGGUCAACAACUCAAUCAAAUAUGUAG